AUGGCACAAGACGGGGACGAGACUGACCUGAACACAAACCAGAUCAGGGAAUGGCGGUCAAUUGUCACCCUCAUCGUCUUCGUAUUGACUAAUGUCAAUGUGCUCUUUCCUUACCAUAUUCCAAUCUAUGUCCCACGCGUUCUGGUCAGCGGCAUUCUAGAUGCGCUGAGCGGCUUGCGGAUCAUUUCGCCCAGGCCGGCACGCUCUCAUAAUGUCGGACCUGGGGCCGGCAAGGUCUCGGCCUUUUGCCGUUUCAGAUUUCCCAUGAACUUCCUCACUGCACCACUUAUAGCCGAUCUUUUUCUGCUGGCCAUCCUGGCUAUUGGCCGAGACGAAGUCUAUGGUGGCGUCAUUGAGGCCAACAACAUCAAGCCAUAUGAUAUUAUGCUUUUCUUUAUAUCGUUGGCUUACAUUGCCAUAUCCAUAGAUGCAUCCGGUCUCAUUCGAUGGUUGGCCUUCAAAGUCCUUCAAAAGGGAGGCGGUGCUGGUCACAGGUUGUUCCUGUACCUCUAUACCUUCUUCUUCGUCCUCGGCAGUUUCAUCGGCAACGAUCCAAUCAUUCUAUCUGGCACUGCAUUCUUGGCAUAUAUGACCAGGGUAUCUAGCAACAUUGUUCACCCGAGAGCCUGGAUCACUGCACAGUUUGCCAUUGCCAACAUUGCCUCGGCGAUUCUGGUAUCCUCGAAUCCCACAAAUCUGGUUCUAGCUGGAGCUUUCGAGAUACAGUUUAUACACUACACAGCAAACAUGAUAGUACCGGUAGUCGCAACUGCGAUUGUGCUGUUCCCUUUUCUCUUAUACAUCAUCUUCAACGACGAGAGAUUUGUGCCCUCCAAGAUCAACAUCCACGAGCUGCCCGAGGAAGUCCGGAACAAAAAACCCGUCAAUCCCAAUAUUCCCAAUGCCAGGGGCAGAGCUGAAGAAGAGGAGAACCAGCACGCCAACGACGAAGAAGGACAAUUGCUUUCUCUCGAGGAGAUCAUGAAUCCGUUCCUGGACUUGGGCGGUGCAGCGUUUGGUGCCGUUAUAAUGGCGGCGACUCUCAUAACCCUGAUCGUAUUAAAUGCCCAAGGAAAAGAGACGCCUGUCUUCUACGUCACGCUACCAGCCGCCGUAGUGAUGUUGGUCUGGGAUCUCAGCUAUGGGUGGAUCCAUAGAAAAGAAACCCGCAGAAUCGCUGAAGAGGGGCGAAAGGAUGUUGAGCAACUCCGAGAGGAACAAGCGCGAGAAGCACGAGAGCGACAAUUGCACGCUGGGCUCGCAGAUUCGGCUCAAAAUCCCCAUUUCGACAAGGGACAAACCGAGAACCUUUCUCUCGCCAAGACACCUUCCCCAGAGGACAAAAUCAGCAAUGAUGAAAAGACCCCUGAGCCAUCGCGAUCGAACACGGAAGUUGACUCUGAAAUUACCGAGAAGACUGAACAACAACCUUCCAAGGAUACAUUACGACAAAGACAAGGAUUAUUCACUGGUCAAGCGCCAGAGUAUCAAGGCGCAAGGGAGGAAACAAAGUCGUCAGAGACAGAGACGGUCGUGGACAGAUCUGCCGGCUCGGAAGGAAAGGGCAACCAGAAUCGAAGCCACCGAACUCUUACCAUGAUUCUUGCCGAAAGGUACAGAUGGUCACAGGAAACAUUUCCAACAAUGACGGCAGUGAUGUCCCAUCUGCCAUUUGCCCUGAUACCAUUUGCAUUCUGCAUGUUCACGUUAGUGCAGGCCCUUGUGACGAAGGGAUGGAUCGCCGUAUUCGCCUAUGGAUGGGAUCAUUGGGUUGCCAAGACAGGGACCGUUGGAGCUAUCGGUGGCAUGGGUUUCCUCUCUGUGAUUCUAUGCAACUUUGCUGGCACGAACAUUGGAACCACAAUUCUCCUUUCCAGAGUCAUACAAGCAUGGGUCAAAAUCAACGAGCUGCGCGAUACACACAUUACGGAACGGACCUUUUGGGCAACCGUGUACUCCAUGGCCAUAGGCGUCAAUUAUGGAGCGUUCAGCACAGCCUUCAGUGCAUCCCUGGCUGGUCUCUUGUGGCGCGAUAUCCUGGCUCGAAAACACAUUCGUGUCAAGAGCCUCGACUUUGCGCGGGUCAACUUACCCAUCAUAGCCAUCUCCAUGACUGUUGGCUGCGCAGUCCUCGUGGGCGAGGUGUACAUAAUGAGACCUGACACGCCAUAUAACCCAUGA